AUGGCGAAUGGGUUAUGCCCAGAGAUGGAGAAGAUGGUCAGUAGGACAGAGGGUAAUGCUGAUGACUCACUAAGUGGUGGAAAUGCCUCCACUGAAGGACCCAAGGGUGAAGGGCCUGAAAGCACAGUCAUCACCGAUGUUGAUAUUGUCACAAACCAUCACUUGCAGGAAACCAGCUUCACAAAAGAAGCCUACAAGAAGUGCAUCAAAGAUGACAUGAAACCAAUCAAAGGCAAACUUGAAGCACUGAGGCCAGAAAGAAGAAUACCUUUUAUGAUAGGGACUGCAGAACAAAUCAAGCACAUCUUUGCUAAUUUCAAAAACUACGUGUUCUUUAUUGGUGAAAACAUGAAUCCAGAUGGAAUUGGAUUCCAGAUGGUUGCUCUGCCGGACUACCAUGAGGGUGGUGGGACCCCAUAUAUGAUUUUCUUUAAGGAUGGUUUAGAAAUCGAAAACUGUUAA